AUGAUCAUGAAGUUCAUUUGGCAGUACAUCAUCUGUCGGUUCGGCAUCCCGUGCCGGCUCAUCUCAAAUAACGGAAGGCAAUUCAACAGUCAAAAACUCAAAGAAUGGUGCGGAGGAUAUGACAUCCAACAAGCUUUCACCUCCGUGGCCUAUCCUCAGAGCAACGAGCAUGCCGAAGUCGCCAAUCGGGAGAUCUUGCGAAUCCUACGUGCACGACUCGACCAUGUUGGAGGAAGUUGGGUAGAUGAAAUCCCCAGCGUGUUAUGGGUGAUCCGCAUAACUCCCAAAGAAGGGACCGGGGCAACUCUCUUUCACUUGGUAUAUGGCGGCGAAGCGGUCGUCCCCAUCGAAGUCGGAGUUGAAUCCGAUCGGAUACAACACUACAGCGAGGACAACGCCAAGCGGAGGCGUCUGGAACUAGACUUAGUGGACGAAGCGUGCGUAAAAGCUGUCGCCCGAUUGAUGGCAUACCGGUCGAGGAUGAAGCAGAGCUACAAUCGGAGGGUGAUCCCAAGAUCGUUCCAGGUCGGCGACAUGAUAUGGAAGAUGGUGAAGCCGGUCGGCGAUGUCACCAAGUUAAAGGCCCCGUGGUCGGGACCCUUCAAUGUCGUGGAGAAACUCUGUUCGGGCGCCUACUACUUAGAGGAUGAGGACAGACGACGAUUGGAGCGCUCAUGGAGCGCGAACCAUCUGCAACCUUACUGA